AAGACUUCCCAAUGGCAUUCAACCUCCCUAUAUCACCAGCAUUUGGCAUUUUCACAGCCACUAUACAAGAUCCCAGUAUCACAGAUAAUAAAAUGAUCAUUUUUCACCUCAAAAGAGAUGCUUAUGAUGGCAUAACGACAUUUCAAGUUACCAUGUUGGUCUUAUGUAAAUAUGACCCAAAAGGACACCACACGAAUAUUGCGGAAGCUACCAAAUGCCAGCCAAUAAUCUCAGUUACCAGGAAAUUGGUUACAUUAAAAAAAUCAAACAGAAAGACUAGACACGAGAAACUGGAAAAAUUGGCCGAAAAACUCGACUCUCCCAACAAAACAACCAGAAAGAGUAAACAACCCUAUAGUGAUAGUGCUCAAGAGGAAAGCUCUUCCUGA